AUGCGCAACUUAUAUAGGUUCGCCAGACUUUAUGACGGCACAUCGUCUUUUGUUAGACAUAAGGGACAAAAAGGCGUAAUGCUCCAAGGAUACCGAGCUUUAGCGAAGGCUCUUGACGCCUCUUUGGCUAUGGAGUACCUGGGCACUAGCGGCCGCAUCCUCGAGGCAAAGCAUCCCAGGCCUUUCAGGAGCGCACGCUACGAUCCUGUUGCCGGUUCAGGCGGCCACUCCGAGGACCUUGCAGUGGUUAGCUCGGGGCAGACAGUUCCAGUCGCAUAUGUACAGGGGACCCGGCGUGGCAUCGACGACAAGGAACAAGCAGCAUGCCAGCGACCACUAGAAACAGUCGAGAAACUCUUAGUACCGGUAACUAAGCAUGUGCAAAAGCGCAUCACACUAGUCAGGCAACACUUAAUUCCAGCGCAAGAUAUGGACCAUCCUGGCUGGUAUAGCUGGAAAGCGACACGAAAGCAUCGGCUAAAUAGCCGUUUCCACAACGGACAAGGGCAAGAUGAACAGCGACGAACGAGUAUACGCAUGGAAAGCGAAGAAGAGAUGACAGGAGAGAAAGACGAGGGAGAAAGACGACGCUGGAGUUUUUAUGAGUGA